CUGCUCUUCCAUCCUCGCCUGGACCGCCUCGAUCCCUGGGACGCGCGACGGGCCGCGCGCGCUCGCCGGCUCCGCCGUGGUGACCCGGCUGUUAGGGAAGCCCGGGACGGUUCUGGGGUGUGUGCGUGGGUAGACGCCGCCCUCGGCCCUGGGGACCCGAAUAGGCCGAGUCCCGAAAUAGCAUCCGGUAGGGAAAUGGUCGUGCUUUCGGUGCCCGCCGAAGUCACUGUGAUCCUGUUAGAUAUCGAAGGUACCACAACCCCGAUUGCUUUCGUGAAGGACAUUUUAUUUCCUUACAUCGAGGAAAAUGUCCGGGAGUACCUGCAGACACACUGGGAGGAAGAGGAGUGCCAGCAGGAUGUCAGUCUCCUGAGGAAACAGGCUGAAGAGGAUGCCCACCUGGAGGGGGCUGUUCCCAUCCCUGCAGCGGCUGGGAGCAGCGGGGAUGCGCAGCACAUGAUCCAGGCCGUGGCCGACAACGUGUGCUGGCAGAUGUCCCUGGACCGAAAAACCACGGCACUCAAGCAGCUGCAGGGCCACAUGUGGCGGGCAGCGUUCACAGCUGGGCACGUGAAGGCAGAGUUCUUUGCGGAUGUGGUUCCAGCAGUCAGGAAGUGGAGGGAAGCCGGGAUGAAGGUGUAUGUCUAUUCUUCAGGGAGUGUGGAGGCACAGAAACUGCUGUUUGGGCAUUCCACGGAGGGCAAUAUUCUUGAGCUGGUGGACGGUCACUUUGAUACCAAGAUCGGACACAAAGUGGAGAGCGAGAGUUACCGAAAGAUUGCGAACAGCAUCGGGUGCUCGACCAACAACAUCUUGUUUCUGACGGACGUUACCGUGGAGGCCAGCGCUGCCGAGGAAGCGGACGUGCACGUGGCCGUGGUGGUGAGGCCUGGCAACGCGGGGCUGACGGACGACGAGAAGACCUACUACAGCCUCAUCACGUCCUUCAGUGACCUGUACCUGCCGGCCUCCACGUAGGGGAGCGUGCCCGGGAAGGCCUGCCUGCCCGCAGCGCCGGCCCCCUAGUGCGGGCUGUGCACUGAUGGCAGGUGGUCACUGAUCGGCAGGCACACAUAUGCAGGUGUACGUAUGUGUGUGCUCAUGUUAACUCCCAGAGGCAUAUAUGUGAAAAUAUUUGUUCAGUCCAAUGAAAAAUGAAACUUAUUUAAAGAUGCUUUAUAUGUAGAAAGUGUUUGAAACAAUAACUGUAACCUUUAUUGAGGGCAAAGUGUCGAUAGAAGAGAUGGCUGAAAUACAGAUUCAGUGUGUUAUGUUAUCAAGUGCAUACCAAACCUGAAAGCUAGUGUUGAGAAAUCAUUCCAGAAGCCUUGUUAUUCCUGAUAAGAAUUGACUGCCUCCGUUUAAUUGUGAAUUAGAAGGUCCCAGCAGCUGCACUUCCUGUUUGUCUCCCUACAUACAAAAGCCUAAGAAUACUGUUCCUGCUCCAAAACAAAGCAAAAAUGGGAAUGAAGUUUCAUUUGAUCGAUUAAGUUACUUAAGAAUCUGUUCCUUUAAGAAAAAAUGUGCAUUAUCAUUGUGGCACCCUCAGCAAGCAGUUGCCUUACCUGUGAAAAAAGUGUUUCGCGACCCCGCUAGAAUAAGGACGCGGUUCUUACCGUCUGCCCAGACAGUCCUAACCCUGCAGGCUGCCAUCGGCACCGAUCUUAUAGUUGCCUCUUUAACUACUUAACAUAAAAAGGUUGUGUUGCAGUCAGUCUAUAAUGUUAAAAAGUGCGAUGAUAUAUAAUAUUUUCUUCUGAAAUGAGGUGUGAAUUUUAUCACAGCAUUAGUGAUCCUGGUUUGAUCCUAAUAGGAUGUCAUGUCUGUUUCAUGUUGUGAUAAAUAAAAAUGUUUUUGUCUCCUCUC